AUGCGCUUCGCUCUUGUAUACCUCCUCGCCGUCGCCUUCCCGGCUCUGCCUGUUCUCGCGCAGAGAGAGCAGCGUGGUGGCGGUGGCGGUAGCGGUGGUUUCUUCAACCAUGGCGGUGGCAAUGCACCCAGUACCUUCGUCACCAAAACCUCUGCGGCCCCUCCUCCUCCGGCUGCUGCCACCACCGCGGCCACCACUGGGGCUGCCUCUACUGGAGGUAACUCUGGAGGCAACUCUGGCUCGGUCGACACUUCGCUCAUCCCUCCCUUCGGCAUUACCCCAGGGGUCAAGGCGACCGACGGGACUGCCAACUGCGUCGGCGACAAUAAAGUCGACAUCCCCUGCAACUGUCCACCAGACUUGGGCACGUUCACUAGCGCCCUCGAAACCUCGGUGGCAGCUGGAAUGGCAUUCCCCUCUGGCAAUUCUGCGCAAGACCAGCUCACCCGCCUUCAGACGUGCAUCGUCACCCUCCAGAACUUCAGGGGAGGCGCCGGGAGCGGCGUUGGAUGUCCUAUCGUGGCCACGACCUGGAAGGAGCUGCAAGCUCAGUUGCAGUCCGAGGUCUAG